AGACGACCUUCACGACAGUUCACGACCUUCUACGUGUAUCCAUACCUUGAUCAUCGACUCCAAAUACCCCGAACCUAUACCCAAUAUUCAGCUGUAACAAGGGUUUUUAGUCCAUGUCCCAGCCAAGAAACGACUCCGAAGCUCGUGGCGGCGGCAGUGGAAACGGACCCUCCCGCUCGGGCUCUCGUAACUCUACGCGCCCAGCACAAGACUCUACCAACAGCCGACCUACCUCAUCCAACUCUCGACGUAGCCAUGGAUCACGAAGAUCCCGUCGUUCUUCACAAUCCGUAGGACCGACGGUGUACGAUACCGCCACAGAUGCGGAGACCGUCACGAAUUUCACCGACGUCGAAGCACCUUCGUACGACUCCUCUCCACGUCGUCCAGGAUCUCGGAUCUCGCGCGAAUCAUCGCAAGGAUCGGAAAAGGGCUCGUAUCUUAAGCAUGAGCCUCUUGCCCAGAAAGAGCCAGGACCUUCGAGUAGGUCCAGGAGAGGUGGGAGAGGAAGGGGAAGCAGGAGUAGUUCGGUGGCGAGUAGUGAUGUGAGCGAUGCGGUGCCUGAAUCGUCGGUAGCUGGGUUGAGUAGUGCAGGGCCGAGUAGUGGUGGUGGUAGGAGGAGAAGGCGAAGGAGGGGUAGGACAGAAGGCGAACCAUUACCUGUUCUCGACGAGGAUGCGGCUGAAUUACCUGCGGAAACCAGCCAACAGGCACCACAGUCUGCUCCGCAAACCGGAGGCGACAAAGCUGUUGAUGAUGGCAAGAAUAAAAAAUCAGAUACGUUGAAGCUCAGACUGGACCUGAAUCUGGAUGUCGACAUCCAACUCAAAGCCAAGAUCAAGGGAGACAUAACGUUGUCUCUGCUGCAAGGUUGAGGCGUCCCUUCAGUCUUGCUAUUUUUCUACGACCGUCGAACUCGUAUCGCAUACGUUCACGGGGAGUCUCGGGGUUGCCCUCGGUAUUGACAGACAUCUGGUGGAAUUAGGGUUUAUGGUUUCUGUCUCUUUGAUAUCCCUGGUUUUUUUGCUUCCUGGGUUAUAACAAUCGACAAUACUGAUGGACUACAGAGACUGCUUGAAUUUACUGCUCAUCCAUACUCAUGAUAGCGCGUAGUAGCCGUUUAUCAAAGGUGUCCGGCGCCUUCACUCGCCAGCGUCCUACAUGACCUCUCUUUUAUUGGAUGGCCAUCGACCCCUCCAUGCAGCCCAAAUUAGACAUAGUUCUCGACAGCGCUGUUGUGAGGACUUCACAAACAAUGCCAGAUGAGUCCAAGGGCGCGCCACAUGGUGCCACUCGGUCAAUUUGCUGAUGCGCGUGACAUGCCACGUGAGGCCCUCUUUUGUUCCAAACAUGGUAUUUCCUUUCAAGGCCGAAGUCGUUGUUGUUCGAGCGAAGGUCCAAGGAGCACUUGUCAUCGACGACACAUUCCAGACAUACUGAUAAGGCCAAUCAGACAAACGUGACAAUUACGAUGCCGUCAGCAUUAGCGGCGUAUAGUGCCAAUGACUACCUCAAGAACCAAACGUCAGCCAGCAGGAACAAAAGACACAUCCUCGAACUGCACAACGAUACAUUUGUGGACGUUAUUUUCCCCUUGCUCGACAUCCGUGAUAUAUUCCGAUUACGACGGACAUGCAAACUUCUCUAUUCUCUGACACACCAACCGAUAGUCUGGAAACGUAUCCUGCAACGAUUCCCUCUCCCUCUUCCUCCCCUUCCACCGACAUCCCGUUACUCGUGGGAGAACCUCAGUUCUUUGGAGACUGAGCGCUUGAUCAUGCGAUCUCUCUCCCUGGAGGCCAACUGGCUCUCGCGGGCACCCAAGACCCGAACAGGCUGGCAGGUUCCAGCAUAUUACGACGUUUGCUCUCUUAAGUUCGCUCCUGGAGGAAGAUUCCUGGUCGCCUCCGUCAGGGAUGCUGGAGUAAACAACUACGCGCUUCUUCUGUUUGUGCUUGAUCACAGAGUCAUGAAAUGUUACCCCAUCGCCAAAUACUCCUGCGUUUCGAAGGCCUAUCAUCUCGAGGUCAAGCGCAACGUAUCGGAAUUCAGUGACGACCACAACAUAGACUUCCCGAUCCCCGUCCGCUAUGAGGUUGAAGUCCUCCGCGUAUCACUCGAAACGCUCGAAGAACUAUGCGAUCCCCGCUUCUACCCAGGCACUGAGGCCUAUCGUGCAACCGCCAUGGAGGCCCAGAAACCUUUUCAAGUGAUUAGCCGCAUCCGCGCCACAGAGGCUCUAGAGCAUGUAGCGUUGGGCGAGAUGGGUGGGCAGCCAUUUGUGGCGGUGGCGAGGCGACCAAACCAACUCAUCAUCAAGAAUUUGGAGACAGGUGUACAGGGGAAGUUGACCAUGUUGCAUUGUCCUGGGAUUCCUUUUAUUGAUGACGCAUACUAUCAGGUCAACGGCAUCAGAAUUCUGGCUCAUGAGCGCAAAGUCUUGAUCGUUCGUACUUACGUGGCGCCUACCUUGGGUCACGGCUGUGACUCCUUUUUAAUUAUCGAAAGGUUCAAGGUUCCCCUGCGCGGCGAGAUCGUGACUAGAGAUUCUCAUGACCGCACUUACUUGGCAUCCCCUCGAGGAUUCACUCAUGUAUCGGUCUCGGACCAUUAUGUCCCCUCUGUGCAUGACCUCUCUGCAUGCGCCAGGCCAGGGCCCCGUGCCGCAGCAUACGUGCCCGUUAACGAACCGGGACCCAUCAGCGUCCACAUGGCCACGUAUACACCUGCGUGGACACUCGGUUAUACGAACAUCCACCCCUACCGCCGACUUUUAUCUGAGCUCGAAACCGACGCAUCACCACUCGAUCCUCUUCCUAGCUCAGCCCCUCCUGCCCCAUCUACCGUCGUCGAGGACAAAUGGAUCAGCCGGCCUCAGGCUACCUUAGUGCCUGCUGGCCCCCUUCCCUUACCCUUGGAAGAGACCGGGUUCGAGUACCCCCUUGCGCAGGUCCGACUGGCGGUGAAUAUUCUCGGGCCAGAAGCUCAACAAUCUAUUCAUAUCAUCUCAGGCUCGCGCCGCUCCCUCGUAUACUGCACGCCGAUCAAUUCGAGGGAUGCCAAUCCCCCCAUCACUAAUCUCGAAGCCAUCACCGACGUCUGUCCUUGGCCCGCUCCUGAUCCUCGAUGGCCGCACGAUGCUGCUCGGAGGCAAGCUGCUUGGGAAGAGACCAAGAUGGCGACUGGCAUUGGGAGGCCGUUUGGUGGAUUGGCGAUCAGUCCUCAGGCCUGGCAAGAGAUGGAGCAUGGCGUAGCAUGCAUUGCUUGGGAAGAAUGGAGCGAUGUAAACGGGCACCGAACAGUGCCAGUCCCCGACGUCGAUAAUCUAUACCGUCUUCCGGAAUCCCUCCAGCCAGACACCUCAGGGUCAGAUGACUGCGACUGCGACAUGACUGGACCCUCAUCAGGACCGUUUCGUUUGACUACAGGUCCUACCAUCUUCCAGAUCGCCGGACUGGACUAUUGACCUUUCC